AUGGCCUCCCAAGAGUUCAUGAACGAGCCCUCGUCCUCGACUGCAGGCGCUCCCGAGGGCCCCAUCUUCCGUGGAUCGCCUUCCAAUCCACUCAUACCCAAGCCUUCAGAUCCAAUUGCUCCUAAGCCUUCUGAUCCAACAGGAGGAUUUGUCGAGGUCGUUGCUGACGUGAUCGAGGGAUCUCUCUCCCAUAUCGCACAAACGAGUCAACAGGCACCUAUUGGGCAUCCGUUGCCAUCUCCUCUUCAGCAACAGGCCGGAACUCCUCAUGAUCUCGAGGUGACCUUGCUUGUUCUUGUCGCUCUAGUAGCUCCCGAGGGCCCCAUCUUCCGUGGAUCGCCUUCCAAUCCACUCAUACCCAAGCCUUCAGAUCCAAUUGCUCCUAAGCCUUCUGAUCCAACAGGAGGAUUUGUCGAGGUCGUUGCUG